AUGAGAGGCAAAAUCUUCUCUCUGUGGUCUGCUCCAGGCCUCUCACGGCCUACAUUCGACGAAGCCACAUCGCAGCAGUUCCAACCCACUCAGGUAGGCCGAUCUUUCGGACCUGGGUGGUCGACCCACUGGUUCAAGGUGCAAGUGCGAGUACCUGAUGGGUUCUUGAAUGAAGAGAUCAUAGAGUUGCAUUGGGAGGCUAGUAACGAAGGUAUGAUCUGGACGGAAGACGGGCACCCACUGCAGGGGCUCAGUGGAGACGGAGAGCGCGUGGAAUGGAUUAUCCCCCCUAGGUUCAGGGACGGCAAGGAACACACAUUCUACUUGGAAAUGGCGUGUAACGGGAUGUUUGGUCUUGGAAAAGGCGCAAGAAAUCAACCUCCAGACCCUGAUCGCUAUUUUACUCUGGAGAAAGCUGAGAUCGUGGCUGUCAACCAGGAAGCCCGAGCAUUAUACUUUGAUUUUUCUGUCAUCAGCGAGGCGGCGCGUCAAUUUCCUGAGCACUCGUGGGAGAGCCACAAAGCGCUACAGGUUGCCAACAACAUUAUUGAUGUGUUUACGGCUGGCGAAGGGAGUGAUGCAUCUAUUCGCGAGGCCAGGCAGAUAAGCCACGAGUAUCUGGGAGAGAAAGCCGAUCGGGCCGAGGUUUACGAGUCCCAUACUGAGCCAAUUGUUUACGCUAUUGGACACUGCCAUAUUGACACCUGUUGGUUAUGGCCAUGGGAAGAGACAAAAAGAAAGGUGGCAAGGUCCUGGUCUAAUCAGUGUGAUCUAAUUGAUCGCUACCCGGAGCACCGUUUUACUGCAUCUUCCGCCCAGCAAUUCAAAUGGCUCAAGCAGUAUUACCCUUCGGUAUAUGCCAGGGUCAUGGAAAAGAUAAAGCAAGGUUCCUUUCAACCUAUCGGAGGCAGCUGGGUAGAACACGAUACCAACAUGCCUAGCGGGGAAUCUUUGAUUCGCCAAUUCCUCUAUGGCCAGCGUUUUUUUCAGCGAGAAUUUGGAAAGCGAUCUCAAACAUUCUGGCUCCCAGACACUUUCGGCUAUACUGGGCAGCUUCCGCAGAUAUGUCGUCUCGCCGGGAUGCAUCGGUUUGUGACCCAGAAACUCAGCUGGAACAAUAUUAACAAUUUCCCACACACGACUUUUAACUGGGUCGCUCUUGAUGGAAGUCAAGUGUUAUGCCAUAUGCCCCCAUCCGAAACCUACAAUGCCGACGCUCAAUUCUGUGAACUUGUCAACAGCAUUGAUCAGCAUAAGUCGCUAGACCAAGAUGCCUCAUCCCUUUUGAUCUUCGGCAAAGGCGAUGGUGGAGGCGGCCCGACAUUCCAACAAAUUGAAACCCUGCGUCGGUUCCGUGGCUUGAGCGACAGGGUAGGACUCCUGCCCCGGGUUCACCAAGGCAAGUCUGUGGAUGAAUUCUUCGAGGCUCUGGAACGUAAGGCGGCGACUGGCACUGAAUUUGUGACCUGGUAUGGAGAACUCUACUUUGAGUUGCACAGGGGAACAUAUACUACACAGGCGAAGACCAAAUGGAACAACCGAAAAGCAGAGAUUAUGCUCCAUGAUCUUGAAUAUCUCGCAACUCUGGCUAGCAUCAAAAAUAGCGGUUACCAGUAUCCGAAAACAGAUAUUGAUGAGAUCUGGGAAGGCAUCCUUCUAUGCCAGUUCCAUGACUGUCUGCCAGGAAGCUGCAUCAGAAUGUGUUACGAUGACUCUGACAAGCUUUACGCCGACGCAUUUGCAAGUGGAGAGAGAUUGCUCAGAGAAGCGCUUUCAGCACUCGGGUUCGUGCAUGAGGCAUCCCCUGACCAGGGACGAAUUGCUCUCAACACUCUGCCAUGGCCCCGCAAGGAAUUGGUACAGCUUCCGUCCUCCCAGUACGCGGUAAUUAAGGGAGGUAUCGGUGUGGCUUCUGUCGAAAACCUUCCAGCUACACCCACUGAGCCUGUUGUUUGCGUUGCUGAAGUCCGUAACAAUGUAUUUGAACUGUCAAACAGACAUUACAAGCUGGAGGUUGAGAACGGGUCAAUUAUCUCCCUAGUUGAUCUUUCAAACAACCGCCAGGUUCUCUCCCAUGGCGGCAAGGCUAAUCAAUUUGUGAUCUUUGAUGACAAGCCUUUAUACCGUCAAGCUUGGGAUGUCGAGGUGUACCAUCUCAAUUCCCGAAAGGAAUUGCAAGGCGGGAGUUCGGCCAUCGCCGAGCGGGGCCCAUACAGAGCAAGCAUCGUCACCAAAACCAUCAUCAGCGAACGGAGCUGGUUAAAAUCGACCAUUAGCCUCCAUGCCGCCAUAGAUGAUGAACCCUCUCGUAUCGAAAUCGAUACCGAGGUCGAAUGGCACGAGGACAUGAAGUUCCUGAAGGUCGAAUUCGACGUCGACGUGAUGAACACUGAGGCUUCAUAUGAAACUCAGUAUGGAAUUGUGAAAAGACCGACACAUUACAACACCCAGUGGGACAUGGCUAAGUUUGAGGUUUGCUGUCACAAAUGGGCAGACCUUUCCGAAAAUGGCUACGGGGUUUCUAUAUUGAACGAUAGCAAGUACGGGUUUUCUACCUGUGGUCAUCUCAUGCGCUUGUCUCUCCUGCGCUCUCCCAAGGCCCCUGAUGCGUCUGCAGAUAUGGGCCAUCAUCGUAUCAGGUACGCUAUUUUUCCCCACCGUGGCCCUCUGGACUUUAGAACUGUACGCGCGGGAUACAACUUCAACAACCCCAUGCAUUUGAUUUUGGGGCCAGGCCCGGCAUCGUUGGACGACAUUACCCUUACGGGUAACGAAUCACUGAUCCUAGAUGCUGUCAAACGAGGAGAAGAUGACGAAGAUGUCUCGUUGGCUGACUCUGAGAGAAGGAAGGGUCAGAGCAUUAUCCUCCGUGUGUUUGAGAGUCUGGGAGGGCAUGCAAGUGGUACCAUCAAGACUACCUUGCCAGUCGUCAACGUUUGGAAAUGCAACAUCCUUGAGGAUGACGAGGAGCCACUAGAAAUCCAGGGUGGGAAUAUCAGCAUUGCUCUUCGUGCGUUUGAAGUUGCCACAUUCAGGUUGCAAUUAUGA